UCCCUCAUACGCAUAGUAAUCUGAGUCGAUACGCUCCGCUUUACCUACCGGUCAUUUCUGCCAGAGUACUACACUCCAUUCACUCGCAUCCGGUAGUUUCACACUCUUUUCAGGCACGAGUCACUGGCAGCGAUAGGACGCUGUUAAUUCAAUGCGGACGAUCGCAAAGUGGCUGCGGACAAUCUAUACUGAUCAGCAGUACACUGACAUACCCAUUCCCACCGAUAUUCAGAAGGGUCUGGAAUUGCGCCUUGCUGCGCAGGUGCUAGGGAUGAUGCAAUACACCUCCGAGAUCAUCGGGAGUUACAUACGCGGCCUCAUCUUCCGUCCCGUAGAGGCAAAGGAGUUGGUCGUGGUGGCUGGAUUGACGCGUAAAGAAGCGGUAGAAGAUCCUAUCUUGGACGCUUUGGCUAACUACGUCGCGUACUUGUGUCGGUACCAUCUGGUCAGUAGGGACAAAGAAGACCAAUAUCUAGCCGUGCUUGCUGGGGGCAAAUGCGCGAAGCUGUUAAAUGCCGUAAAAGACCACAAUGUCAGAGCUAUUGCGCAGAACGGAUGGAAGGCUAUAUGCCCUCGGCCACUGGCGGAGCCUUAGAAUCAUGAUCAGUUUCAUCGUAGUAGCCUUAGCUUAGUUUGAUAAAGCUCCUGUUUUCAUUACCACUGACGGCACAUUCGUAGCCAAGACAUGCCAACCAGCGUGAUGACGCUAUGCAACAACAAGUGUGAGCAGUAACCAGCAUUUCGUAAGAUUGAACAAGCACUCAUAAUAUUCACAG